CAAUAAGCUAUGCGAAGCUAAACUACCUGAAAAAGAUAUUCCACUUAUCCGUAUCAUGUGAACCAGGCUAUAUUUGCUCUAUUCUUCGAGACUUCGCUAUAAUCUAAGCACCUAAUUUCAAUAUAAGGAUUAAUUAUUAUGGACAAUUUAGACUGCUUCGGUUGCUAUGCAGAUUAGAUAUGAAAGUUUCGCAAUUUGCAUUAAAAUAGGGCCGUUGGUAUAAACUGUACUAUUUUAAUGUGCAAAGCACAGCUGGAAUCCUAAAUGUGACGAGCAAAGCGUGUGAGUUUUCGUUGCUUUGAGACCGGUUUAAAAAUACAGCUACUCUUAUUUCUAUUUGAUGUGAAAGUUGAUCAUCCUGUCACUUUGGGUGAAUACUUGUCAAUACAUUUGGAUUGUUUGUCUAAAGUAUUGAUUUAUGAUUCGCUGAAACUUAGCAUCUCAGUUUCUUAAAGCAUUGGUCUCAGUACAGCAAGUAAACAGCAAGGUUUCCUACAAGAUAUUCACACAUAACGAUUACGGCAAAGCUGAACGUUUUGGAUGCAACAAAGUGAUGUAAAGCUGAAAUAACACGAAGACCAGAACUGGGUUGAUUAAAAUAAUAUUUUUGUUUUGAUACGAACAAUUGUGAGAUGCUUUGGUACAAGAUUUUCUUGUACUUGUCAGUCCUAUUUCUGGCUACUACAGUCGACGGUUUAGACUUCGCGGAUGGAACCAAAUUUUUGACUAUCAAAGAAGAGCAAAACACUCAAACAUGGCCAGUCGAGAAUACAGACUUACCUGGCAAUCUGACGUAUACUUUGGAGAAAGACGACUCUGAUGAAGGUGGAGAUACGUAUAAAAAAUUUAUCAUUGUUCAAGAUGGUCCAACUCGUGCAGAGCUCCAAUUGAACUAUACUUAUGAUUUUGAGAAAGAAGAUCCCAAAAAAUCCAAAACUUUCAAGAUUGUGUCUACUCCAGUCACAGGCCCAAAGGGUGAAUUAAAAAUAUCAAUUACACUUGUUGAUAUUAAUGACCACACUCCUGAGUUCACGAACUUACCUCAUACUGUGGUCGUAAGUGAGGUCCUUGGAGUUGGCUCAAUUUUGUACAAAAUAACUGCCACAGAUGGUGAUGGAACGGAUACAUAUAAUUACGUGGCUUUCUCGAUAACUGACGGAAAUAUUGGAAACAAAUUUGCGUUGGAACCGUUCCAAUCUCAAGGAUCUGUGAACUUAAAACUAAGCUCUCGUCUUGACUUUGACGAAGGACCUGAAGUUUAUAACCUCACAAUUAACGUAACUGACUGGACAACAGCAAUCAGCAGAGACGAGGCGAGAUCAACUCUUUCAUAUCUGAUAAUCAACGUUACGGACGUAGACGACCUACCCGCAAUCUUUACCCAAAAUGUGUAUGAAAAAACUAUUUCAGAGAAUUUAGCAACGGGUUCCUUUGUAAUAAAAGUCACUGCUGUUGACAAAGAUAAAACGAUGAAAGGGGUGGUCAAGUAUGGUUUAGUGGAAGAAACAAAUCCAGGUGGUAUGUUUGCUAUUGAUGAAACAACGGGGAAUAUCACGCUGGUUGGUAGCCUGAAUCGCAAGACUCAAUCUUUCUAUGCUUUGUUAGUUUCGGCUAACUCGACGUACCAUGAUCCUAUGCAUGCUCAAGUAUUGAUCCUCAUAGAAGACGCUAAUGUUCACUCACCGAAUUUCACGGCUAACGUUUACACGGCUGAGGUUUCUGAGAAUGCGGUGAAGGACACUCUUGUGCUUGUGGUGCAAGCGAACGACUUUGACGAGGGCACGAACGCAGAAGUCAGCUACUCUAUUGAAGGUGAUGAGGCAACAGCAUUUUACGUCACUACUGUCAACCAUCUAGGCUAUAUUUUUGUCAAUGCCUCGUUAGAUUAUGACGCGAAAAAGAUCUACAAUUUUACCGUCAGAGCGACAGAGAUUCACACAGUUGAAAAAUUCAAUGAUUCUGCGACUAUUAUUGUCGAAGUAACUGAGGUCUUAGCCAACGAAAACAACCCGAAAUUCAAUGAAUCAAGUUAUUCAGUGAACGUCACUGAAAACAGUUUACCAGGAAGAGUGAUACAGGUGGCAGCCACAGACGCAGACGAAGCUAACUUCGGUAGCAUAACGUACUCUAUUAUUGAUGGAUCUCAGGGCAUGUUUACGAUUGAUAACCAAACUGGAUGGAUCAAUACAACCUCACAACUGAACAGAGAGGAUAGAGAUAAUUAUAUCUUGAUUGUUCGAGCUACAGAUGGUGAGAUAUUCGCGAGACAUACAGAUGUACUAGUCAUAAUCACUGUUCUGGAUACCAACGAUCAUACACCAACAUUUCUGGCUGGUUCCUACACUGGAUAUGUUGUGGAGAAUAGUAAUAUUGGGGACACCAUCUUGGCAGUUGAAGCCAGAGAUCUUGACGAGGGAACAAACGCUGUGUUUGAUUUUUCUCUGGUUGGUGCGGAUGGAAAAUUUUCCGUCGUCAGUGAUGGAAACCUGGGUUAUAUAACCGUUAAUGGAAGCCUGGAUUUUGAGAUGAAUAAAAACUUCACAUUCUUGGUUAUUGCCAAAGAAACGUCGACGUCUGAAAAAAGAGAGAAUAAUGUUUCCGUCACUAUAUCCCUGAUUGAUGUAAAUGAUAACAGUCCAGUCUUCUCACCAGUAACUGGCUACAGUGUAGAAGUCGCAGAGAAUAGCGCAAAUGGGACUUCAGUGUUGAACGUGAGUGCAUCUGAUCUUGACAGUGGUGCGUACGGGCAGAUAACGUUCAGUCUCAUCACUACAUCUGUGCCAUUCAGUGUUGACCAGAACACUGGAGAGAUCCUGAUUGCUGGCAGCUUAGAUCGAGAGGCAAAAGAUUAUUAUGAUCUCACGAUUGAAGCUAAAGACGGUGGCCAACCAUCGCUGUCAAACUACGUGCAUGUUAUCGUGAAUAUAACAGAUGUCAACGAUGAAGCUCCAAUGUUUCUCCAAUCAAGCUACACAAUUAACAUCGACGAAAAUACGAAAAUAGGUUCAAAUAUCCUCACUGCGACUGCUACGGAUAACGAUCAUGGAACAAACUCGAAGCUUCUCUACUACAUCGAAGGAGGGAAUGGUUUAUUCAAAGUUGACUCAAAUGGAAUGAUUUCAGUGAACGGAUCUCUGGACUACGAAACAAAUACUUCGCUUUCAUUCACUCUCUUUGCUCAAGAAAGUUCGACCUCCGAGAAAUGGAAAGCGAAUUGUACAAUCAAUGUCGUUUUGAGUGAUGUGAAUGAGUACGAUCCAAAAUUUACCAAGGAUAGCUACUAUGCUUUGAUUGAAGAAAAUAAACCAGCCGGCUCAGAAAUAGUGAAGGUGAAAGCCAGCGACCAAGACGGAUAUUUCAGGACCAUAUCGUACACAAUCCUUUCCGGAAAUGACGACGGAUAUUUUACCAUCAAUCAUACUUCCGGAGAUGUUACCACAACUGGACCUGUAGAUAAAGAGACAACGGAUGAUAACUUCGUGCUAAAAAUCCAAGCUUCUGAUAAUGGAAAUCCAAAUCGGACAACAGAGACCUUUCUUGUGAUAGAGAUUCUUGAUAGCAACGAUCAUUCACCAAUUUUCACCAAAUCAUGGUACAACACCACGAUACCAGAAAACUUGCCUCUUGGUACUAUUUUGUUGACUGUCAAAGCUACAGACCUUGACACGAAUGCAACAAAUGCUGUGUUAAGAUAUUUUGUGUCCAACUCUGAUGGGAAGUUCGAUGUUCAUCCUUCAACUGGACAGGUCUACGUCAAUGCAACUCUUGACUACGAAUCAAAAUCGACUUAUAUGUUUACGAUAUUCGCUGAAGAAUCUCAGACACAAAUGAUGCAGCAACACAAUGCCACUGUUCACAUAACAUUGACAGAUACCAAUGAAUUUGAUCCUGUUUUUACAAACAGCAGUUUCUCUGGGAAUACUAGCGAAGACUCGGUCGUUGGAGCAUCAGUUGUUCAGAUUGUAGCCUCGGACCAGGAUGGAUAUUUUAAUCAAAUUACUUACAGUAUUGUUCCCGGGGACGACAGCAGUAGUUUCACAAUCAACAGUACAACUGGUAUCAUAACUACUGCUGCACAACUGGACUACGAAAAACAGAACAAGUUUAUUUUGACAGUACGUGCUAAAGAUAAUGGCAGCCCCGGACGAACAUCCGAGGUAACUGUAGUCAUCGACGUUCUGGACGCUAACGAUAACCAGCCAGUAUUCUCCCAGAGCGAUUACAACAGCACAAUACCAGAGAACGUUCCCGUUGGUACGACUGUUCUGACGGUGGAAGCCGAGGAAAAAGACAGUGGCGCUAAUGCUGAAUUUAAGUAUCAUAUCAUUGGUGGAGAUAACAAGUUUGAGAUCACGGAUGACGGAGUGAUCUUUACAAAAGCCUUGUUGGAUUUUGAGACCAAAACCUGGUAUCAGUUUCUGGUUGUGGCCAACGAGACAAACUCUGUGCAAGGAGCAAAACCAAACGCAACAGUGACGGUUGUUCUACAAGAUGUCAACGAAUUCAACCCUGUCUUUAGUCAAGCACAGUACACAGCCAAUGUUUCAGAAAACAGUCCAGUCUGGACCUCUGUAAUUAAGGUUUCUGCUACUGAUUCAGACGGUUACUACAAUCAAACUACAUACAGCAUUAUCUCUGGUGGUAACGGAAAGUUUGAGAUAAACUCCACGACGGGAGAAAUCACAACAAAUUCAACGCUAGAUCGUGAAACAGAGUCUCAGUUCAUAUUAACGGUCAGAGCACAAGAUAACGGAGAAAAUCCAGCUCGUACAGCAGAGGUCGUGGUGGUGAUUACUGUUCUUGAUAUUAGCGAUCAUGGUCCAAAAUUUCUUCAAAAAUCGUACAAUGCUUCAAUAUUUGAAAACGUGGAUAAAGGCACAACAAUUUUGACUGUUGAAGCGACAGAUAGUGAUCUGGGAUCAAACGCAGUCAUAGCAUAUUCCAUUGUUGGUGGUGAUGGUAAAUUUCGCGUUGAUGCAAGUGGGAAUAUAAUAUCGAACUGCACUUUUGACUAUGAGACAAAGAUGACAUACGAGUUCCAGAUUGUUGCGAAUGAAGCUCAAACUGCGACAGGUUACACUGACACUAGUAACGUGACAGUUGUUAUCCAAGACGUCAACGAAUUCAAUCCAAAAUUUCUAAAGCCGAGCUACACAGCUUUGGUGAAUGAAUCAAGCUCAGUGGGAACUCACGUUGUCAAGGUAACUGCAACAGAUGAUGAUGGUUCUGAAAACGUAAUAAGAUACAGUAUAAUACAAGGAAAUGUUGAUAACUUGUUUGCCAUAAACAGUUCAACUGGUUGGAUUCAAACUGCCGACGUUUUGGAUGGUUCAAAUGUGGAUCAGUAUACUUUGACAGUCAGAGCCGAAGACAGUGGAGAUUCUCCUCGUACUGCUGAGAUACUGGUGAUCAUAACCAUCAGUGAGAAGAUGAGGAAUGCAUCGUUUUUACUUCAGGAAGUGUAUAACGUCACAGUACUUGAAAAUGCCUUGGAUGAUUCUGUUGUCGUUAAAUUGAAUUUGAGAUACAGCUAUGAUGAUGUAGUUUCAGCAUUCAGUUUUUCAAUUGCUGGUGGUGACGGUUAUUUCGAUGUGAACCAGAAAGGGGAAGUGAGGGUCGCUAAUGCCUUAGACUAUGAGAGCAAGAUGUUUUAUACCUUCACCAUCAUUGUAACCGAGAUUCAACCGGCGAGUGGUUUAGUGGCUAAUGCCACAAUCAACGUCAAAGUGGAAGAUGUGAAUGAGUUUAAUCCUCAGUUUGAACAAAACCUUUACCGUGCUAAUGUCAGUGAAGAUGCGUCUCUUGAAACGCACGUCACAAAGGUGUUUGCAAAUGAUAGUGAUGGUGACUACAAUGUAAUCACGUACGCCAUCAUAAAUGGAAACCAUGACAACAGCUUCAUUAUAAAUAGCACAACUGGAGCGAUUACGACCGCAAAGCCACUGGAUAGAGAAACUCAAUCUCAGUUUGUUUUGACAGUGAGAGCUUCUGACAAUGGUCCGUCUGCAAGGACGUCUGAAGUAGUGGUAAUUGUGGAUGUUCUGGAAAUAAGCGAACAUCCUCCAGUGUUCCUCAUGUCCAACUAUACAGGAGUCGUUUAUGAGAAUUCAGCUGUUGGUACCAUAGUCUUGGUUGUGGGAACGAGAGACCGCGAUACGACAUCUUCAGGUGUUGUUUAUUCUCUCGUUGGAGCUAAUGGCAGAUUUGCUGUGAACUCAGAGGGAAUAAUUUAUGUGAAUGGCUCCUUGGAUUAUGAGUCGGAUGAAAGAUUUACUUUUCUGGUUGUUGCUGAGGAGGAAGCUCCAUAUUCGCAUCUUCGUCAUAAUGCCACAGUAACUGUGAAUCUGAAGGAUGUGAAUGAAUAUAAUCCAGUCUUCAAUCAAACUGUUUACAGCUCGAGCGUCAAAGAAAAUGAUGUAUUUGGGAUACCUGUGCUUAGAGUUUUUGCCACAGAUAACGAUAGAAACAUUAAUGUAUUGAAAUACAGCAUCAUCAGUGGCAAUGAUCAAGGGAACUUCUCUAUAAACAGUUCUACUGGGGAAAUAACCGUAGCGAAGACGCUCGAUAGAGAGUCAGCAAAUCAAAUCAUUUUAACAGUUAGAGCUGAAGACAAUGGUUUACCACCAAGGACAUCUGAAGUGACAGUGGUUAUUGGAAUUAUUGAUACCAAUGAUCUUGGACCAAAAUUCCUGGUUCCCCAGUACAACGCAACUGUCUCAGAAGAUGCAAACGUAGGGACACACGUUGUCGUAGUUCAAGGUGUUGAUAUGGACGCGACUCCUGAUAUGCUGGGAUAUGAACUGGUUGGCGUGGAUGCUUUUAAAGUAAUGACUCAAUAUGGACUUGGGUUCAUUGUCGUGAAUCAGGAUCUCGACUACGAACAGACAAAAUCCUACAACUUUAUGGUUUACGCUGUGGAAAAAACUCCUGAAAAGCGAAACACUUCAUGUUGGGUGAAAGUUUCUGUUAUUGAUGCUAACGACAAUCAUCCUGUGUUUGUUAAUUCUUCGUACAGCGCUGAGGUUUUGGAGCAGACAGCUGUUGGGACCACUGUUUUAAAUGUGAGCGCCACAGAUGCAGACAGUGAAAUAUUUGGUCCCAUAAACUAUGCCAUUAUUGACGGAAACAUUUUGGGACAUUUCAACAUUGACAACACAACUGGCAGAAUAUUCACUUCUGGUGUCUUAGAUCGUGAAAAUCAUCCACAAUAUUUCUUGGUAGUUGAAGCCAGGGACAAUGGUUCCCCAGCUUUGACUGAAACAGUUACAGUGAGCAUAACAGUCUUGGAUAGCAAUGAUGUCAGACCGCAAUUCAUUGCGGCACCAUAUUCUGCCUCAGUUCCCGAAAACAGCGCGGUCAAUACAAGCAUAUUGACUGUACAGGCAGUCGACAUGGACAAGGGCCAAAAUGGUGAGAUUAGUUACGAACUGGUUGGUGCAGAUGGUUUAUUUCGAAUAGAACAAGACGGUGAUUUUGGGUCCAUCAAGGUUGCAGGAGAUUUGGAUUAUGAACGAAAUAAAACAUUCACCUUUUAUGUUGUGGCGAAAGAGACACAAACGUCAGAGAAAAGAGAGACAAAUACGACAGUUGUUAUUACAAUCUUAGACGUGAAUGAUAAUCCUCCUGUGUUUAAAAAAAGUGUCUAUGAAGCUAGUGUUGGAGAGUUUGCAACUUCUCCUCAUCCUGUUGGGACUGUUUCUGCAACAGAUGAAGAUUCUGGAGAAUUUGGUGAGAUCACGUACAUGAUCAUCCAUGAUGAUGACAAUGGUAACUUUACAAUCAAUAACAAAACUGGUGAAGUCCUAACAGGCGCCAUAUUGAAUCGUGAAGUGAAAGAUCGUUAUGUUCUCACCAUUCAAGCACUUGAUGGUGGCUCUCCUCCACGAAAAGCAGUGACCACCAUGAUAGUAAGAGUUACUGAUCAGAAUGAACAACCUCCAUACUUUGAAAAUACUCCAUAUAAGACAAAUAUUGUAGAGAAUAAAGAAUACGACAACUCCGUAAUUUACCAGGUGGAAGCAACUGAUUUAGACCUGAUGCCCGUCACGUACAAGCUCGAGUCCCACCCAAAUUUCAGCAUCGAUGCAACAUCUGGCAUCAUUAGCGCUACUGGAAACUUUGAUCGGGAAAAACAGUCAGUCUUCAACUUGACGGUAACAGCCAUUGACCAGGGUGGCUUGAACGUCUCUGAACAUUUUAUAAUAUCAGUUGAAGACACUAACGACAAUUACCCACAAUUCCUGGACACUCCCUACAUGACAAUCAUUCCUGACAAUACCAGCGUUGGAGUUGAAAUUCUGAAGGUGAAGGCAAUUGACUUGGACGAGGCUCAUAAUGCUGAAAUAAUCUUCUCUCUCCUAAACGCUGAAGGAAAGUUCACCAUCAAUCAAACAACAGGUAUGAUUUCAGUUUCGGGUAAAUUGGACAGCCAAGAGAAACGGCUGUACACACUUAAAGUGAUUGCAACAGACCGCGGAAUACCACAAGCAAAGAUUAACUCCACAACCGUGACAGUCAAUCUCACAGAUUACAGCAAUCAUCCACCAGAGUUUACAAACGUUGCGUGGGUUGGAACGAUCUCAGAGGGAGCAGGACCGAGUUUUGUUCUGAAUGUUCAAGCCAAGGAUCCUGAUUCUGGAAUUCUAGGAAAAAUAGAAUAUACUAUCAUCGAUGGGAAUACGAACAAUUCCUUCACAAUCAACGCCACUGGAGCGAUACUUUCAACAGGAACUUUAGAUUAUGAAAAUGACACACAGAAGACAUUUGAUUUGACUGUCAUGGUGGAGGAUAAAGGAGGUCUAAAAGAUACAACCCAAGUCCGAAUCACUGUUCUUGAUGUAAAUGAUAAUCCUCCAAAGAUUAUAAACUUGCCUGCACCUGCUGAGCUUAAUAUAAGCGAUAAUCUACCACAAGGUACCUUGCUCUACGUCUUGCAAGGACAAGAUCUUGACUCGGGGAAAAAUGGAGAGUUUGAAUUCUUCGGAGCAGCUGUUCCUGAUAAUCUUACAAUAGAUCGGAACAUUGGACUAAUCAUGGCUAAAAGAAAAUUGGAAAGCACCAGCUCGUCCAGCAUUUUGUUUACCGGGUAUGUGAGAGACAAAGGAACCCCAAGCCAAUCCAGUGCAAAUUAUACGAUCAAAUUUAACAUAAUACCCGAUCCAAUCUCGGCACCAUUCUUCCUGUCAUCAACACUCACUGAGAUAAAAGUGUUUGAAAACGCUUCGAUUGGUGACGUCAUUUUAAAAGUCAACGCAUCCGCAACCCCUGAUAACUUCACAAUCCUGUUUGAGUUACCGACCAGCGGUAACUUCAAAAUUGACAGUCAGGGUUUCAUAUCUGUGGCUCGGGAACUGGACCGUGAAACGCUGGAUGGAUAUAGUCUUUUAGUGAUGGCUUCAAAAGAUGGGACGCAAGCAAUAGGAUACGUUUCUAUCACGGUCGUCGACGUGAAUGAUGAGAAACCAGAGUUUCAGUUUGGUACAUACAAAGGACAAAUUAAAGAAAAUUCACCACCUGGGAGUUCUGUGAUUGAAGUGAAAGCUGUUGAUAAAGACGAGCAGGAUGUGAUCUCGUACACCAUCAUGGCCGGCAACACGGAUGAUGUGUUCAAUAUAUCGAGCUCUGGUGAAAUACUGAUCGCAAAACAACCAGAUCAUGAAACUACAGCAUUCUUUAAUCUAACGGUUGUUGCAAGUGAUGGUGUGAACUCAGGAAUAACGUUCGUUGAAAUUACAAUCUUAGAUAUCAAUGAUAACUCUCCUGUGUUUGCGAAUUCGUCGUACAGUCUUAGCUUGCCUGAGGAUACACCAGGCGGAGCUUCUGUUUUACAAGUAUCCGCAAGAGAUGAUGACGAUGGUGACGAUGGUAUUAUUGUAUACUCUAUUUCAGGUGGUGACGGGAGAUUUGCAAUUGACUCGCUUACUGGAGUCAUAUCUACAACGGACAAGUUUCUCGAUUUUGAAUCAACGACUCAAUAUGCACUGAAUGUUUCUGCCACAGAUCGUGGAGGACUCAAGGCAUCCGUCCUUGUUAUUAUAAACAUAACGGAUUCAAACGACCACACUCCAGAAUUUUCUAGUCCAUCGUACAACGUCACUAUUGCAGAAAACUAUUUCGGAGCUUUGACUUCUCUUCAUUUGAAUGCGAGUGAUCUUGACUCGGGUAGAAAUAGUAAAUUGACGUAUUCUAUUGUGGAUGGCCCAUCAUUCUUUACCAUCAACCCAAAGACGGGAGAGCUAAAUGCUUCUGUUCCAGUGGAUCGCGAUGCUUCUGGGACACCCAAUGAUAAAUAUUGCCGUGGUGUGUUCUUUCUGACUAUUCAAGUCUCAGAUAACGGCACAACUAAACUAACUGAUACUGCUAAGGUGACCGUGCUUGUAACAGAUGUCAACGACAAUGCUCCGAGCUUUUCACGAACAUCGUACGAAGUUGAAAUAUCAGUUGUCGAUAUUGGAAACAUUUUUCGUAUCAUGGCGAGUGAUUCCGAUUGCGAUGUGAAUAACAAAAUUGAAUAUUCCUUUACCUCAGAUAAUGGCAGCAGUUUGUUUCAAGUCAACACAACAACUGGGAAUAUCACUGUAAUCAAGCCACUGAAUGGUAGCCAAGGUGUAUACUUCCUGAAUGUGACUGCUACAAACGCACUUGCUUCUCCAAAGUUACGAAGCAGCGUGCUGGUCACUAUUACCGUACUUGAAAACAGAAACUAUGCUCCAGUAUUCGAUAAAGAUCAGUAUUCAUUCAAUGUCUCUGAGGGUGCUGAGAUUGGAGUUACAAUUGGCAGUGUCUCAGCUUCGGAUCUCAACAAGGGCAAAGACGGAGUAUUUAUUUACUCAAUAGAAAACCCAGGAUAUGCCAUACCAUUUGACAUUGACCCUACAAGUGGCGUGAUCACUCUAGUGAGAAAACUGGACCGAGAGACUCAUAAAAACUAUACGCUUGUCGUGGUAGCUCAGGAUUUUGGUGACCCAGUAUUACGUGAUACAACUCUUGUGUUUAUUUCUCUGGACGAUAUUAACGAUGAAAUUCCGAAAUUUGAGCAAGAUGAACAGAAGUUCAGUGUGGCUGAGAAUAUUACAGUGGGGUCACUGGUGGGUAAAGUCACAGCCAUUGAUGAAGAUGCUGAUAUGUAUGGUGAACCAAUAUAUAUUAUACACAGUGGUAACGAAGCCGGUCAUUUCCGAAUUGAUAACUCCACUGGAAAUAUAUAUCUUGUGAAAAGUUUAGAUCGAGAAGUAAUCCAUAUUUUUGAACUCAUAAUUUACGCGUAUAACCACGGAAGCAGUAUCGCAAGAAGACGGCGAGACACAGGUGUUAACUAUGAUGUGCUGAAGGUGGUGAUUGAGGUCACUGAUAUCAAUGAUAACCCGCCUGAGUUUACUCUCACGAACUAUAUUGCAGGAUUCAAGAUCUCUGAUCCACCAGGAACCAAUGUUACAAAAAUCCAAGCAACUGAUAAGGAUGAAGGUUCAAACUCAAACAUAAUUUACUCCAUCAAGUCAGGAAACGAUGCUGGUGCCUUCGCUAUUGAUCCAGCCACUGGUCUCAUCUCUACGACGGAAAACAUAACUCAGCUUGAGGAAGUGUUUAAAGUCAUUUUGACAGUUGUGGCUCAAGAUUCAGCCGAUCAGGGAACGCCUAAAGAGGCAACUGUAACGAUUUAUCAAAUUCCCGAAAGAGAUCCUCUGGAACUUAAAGUCAGCAGUGAUCUGGACGAAGAUGCUAUAAGAGAGCUUUUGAGGAACAUCACUGGACCUGAUUAUGAUAUCAUUAUACAAGAAAUUAAUACUGGUGGCCCUCUGUCAACCGUAAAAUAUUAUGUUAUCAAAAAGGAUGGCGAUUUCUUGACAGAACAGGAAAUGAGAAAUCUGAUAAUUGCUUACUGUGAGGUGAAUGAAGAGAUUUGCGAACGUUGGGGUAUUAAUCUUGAAUUUCAAAACGGAAACACAAGUGCUUUGCUUGGAGAAGAUGACAUCACUAUUCUUGAAGCGUGUUUGAUUACUCUGGGUGUCAUUGUGGGUAUUGGUGGUCUUCUGGGGAUAUUCUUGCUGUGUUGUCUACGGCGCAGCAGAAAGCGCUACAUGCCUGUUUACGAGUCAACUGGUUACAUCAUGUCAUCGAAAGCAGUUUCAUUUGAUGAAAGACCCCACAUUUAUCAACCUAACAUUGGGGAUGAAGCUAAUAGAGUAUCUACCUUCUCGGCACAGGAGUCCCAAGAAGUUGAAAUUCACAUGGACGAGGAAGGAAGCUCCUUGGAUUCUGCUGAAGAAAUGCGUCCUGGCUCAUGUAGUUCAGCUGAAAUAGAGAAAGAAGAGGCAAUAGCCAAAGUUCAAGCCUACAUGAAUCAAGCAUUGAUGGACGACGACGAUUCUGACACGGACAGUUCCGAAGAUGAAAAUGGAGAAACCUCGGCUACUCCUCGGGUUGAUGGUGAUUCCAGUACUGGUUCUACUGAACCUCUUGUUCAUUCGUAUACAAUAACUAACUUAUAAUAAUUUUCAUUAAAGUUUUUGUUUUAUAGCCUAAGUUUUUCAACAUAAUUAAACCACGAAUAACAUGCGAAGCAAGAGUUAUAUAUCCAAGUAUUGAUAAUUAAUAUAAAUAAUUUAUUACCUAAACAAUUCCUUUAUUUUUCCAUGAUUAAUAACAGGUAACCUUAUGAUUCAAACAGCAGGAUUUUUUGCUUGCAUGCAGAAAGCGGAAAACGUACGAUAAUAUAAUAUGGUAUUAAUUGUGAUGUAGUUAAGACAAACCUCAAGUAUUAAAUCUUUG